AUGCCGAAACGAAAGCGCUCCGAUGAUCAAGAUGAUUCCACUCCCUCCACCAAUCGCGUGCGCAAUUCCCGCCAAAACGAUUUCGACAUCCAUCUCAUCUCUGCCCGUAAACAACUGCGCAGCGCGCUCAAAACGGCCAAGGGUUUCGAGAGACAGCGGCUCGGGAAAAGAUUAACCAAUGCUACGAAAAUUGUGGAUGCUGCGCAAAUGGCGAGAUUGCGCAAGGAAAUUGAAGCGUUGAAAUUGGUGGAUUUGGAUAAAGUGGUGGAACAGCGGUUGGCAAAGGGAUUGGGCAAGAUAAAGGUUAUGGCUGAGAGUGGAUUUUUGCCGGUGGGAUGGGGGCAGAGUGGGGAGGGGGUCAAGGGGUGGGAGGGCGAGAAGGGAGAAGAGGAUGUGAGGGUAUGGAAUAAUGUGGUGAGUGGGAUGUGGAAUUUUAAGAUUGUGAAGGGGGUUUGGGAGGGGGUGAUUAGGGGGAGUUAUAUGAGUAUGGGGAUUCCGGCGCCGGUUUUGGAGAAGGGGAAGAAGGGGAAGGAGAAGGUGAAUGAGAAGGCGAAGGGGGAUGAUGAUAAAACGAGCUCGAGGAAGGGGAAAGCGCAGAGUGUGGAUGCUGGAGAAAGUGAUGUUUAUAUGGAAGAUACAAUUCCAAAUUUUUCGAAGAAAGAGAAUAAAGAGGACUCUUGGGAAGGCUUUGACUCACCUGGUGAUGAUGAAGAUGAAGACGAUUCCGAGGACGAUGAGAACGAAGAGGGAAAUGCUUCAAUGGAUGAAGAAACACUUUCACGUUACGAUGCUCUAUUAGGCGCUUCCUCCGACGAAGAAUCAUUCGACGAAGAAGAAUACCUCAAGAAAACCCCGUCAACUUCAAAGUCUAAUCCACGACUCUCACUUUCGCUCUCACCCACACCAUCCCGAUCUCCCUCCCCCGUACCUUCCAUCUCCCAAUCCUCCGACGACGAAGCAGCAAACAACAAAUUCCGCACCUCCCACCUCUCCCCCUCCCCCCAACCCGAACCCAAAGCCAAAAGACCCAAAAAACCCAGCCCCAACACCGCCCCCACAAAAAGCAGCACCUUCCUCCCCACCCUAAUGGGAGGCUACUGGUCCGGCUCCGACUCCUCCGCCUCCUCCCUCUCCGACACAGACAUGAAACCCGUCAUCCGCAAAAACCGCAUGGGACAAAAAGCACGGCAAGCGCUCGCCGAAAAGAAAUUCGGCAAAGGCGCUGCACAUAUCGCGGCAGGCAAAAUGUCCAUGGAAGAAGAGAGGGAAGCGAAGCGCGCCGAGAAAACCGGGAAGAAAGUUAGGGAUUUCGGGAGUAGAGCAGGGGGGAGGAGAGAAUAUGGUAAUGCGAAUGACGUGGAGGUGAAGCCGAGAGAAAAGGUUAAGACGAGAGAUGAUGUGGGGAUUCUACAUCCUAGUUGGGAGGCGGCGAAGAAGGCAAAGGAUGAGAAGGCGAAGGCGACGUUUAGUGGGAAGAAGGUGGUUUUUGAUUAG